UGUAGUGGGUUUCGAAGGUGCGAAAUUCAAACUUCGUUCAGCUGUAGAGUGGAAAGCCAAAUUUUCUGAUAAUCUGAAGGAUUUUUCUCUAUCUCUGAGAUAAGUAAUCCAUGAAAUGUUGGUGUAAACGAUUCAAACAUGUCUGAUACGUGUUAUAAUCAUGACAAUGUUCACGCUGAUUUCAGAUGCUUCGACUGCAAACCAGAUUUUGUUGUUCGGUUUUGCAAGGAUUGUCAUGAUCAAGUCCAUUCUCUACAUGUGUUUAGACUCCACAAAACACAACCCAUUGAAAAGGCAGAACAACGUAAAUUGUCACAAGAUGUUUCUGAUCUAGAAACGUUGGUGGCCGUUGAGAAUGACCUUUUGAAAGAUGUUCUUACUACGCUUCAAUACACUGAACAGCAGGAAAGGGAAAUGUUGAGAGACAUUAUCAUCAAAACAGAGAAACGCCUACAUGAUAUCCAGCAAUGCCAUGAGAAAGUUGAUAAAGCAAUUCAUUAUCUGAAUAAGGUUUCGUCAGUUAUUAAGUUAUGCAGUGGAAACAAUGAGAUGCAAGGUGCAUCAUCUGCUAACCUUACAGAUAAGCCCAUCUCUAAUGAUCUUAAACCAGCUGGGGAUGGACAAGCAGGGGCAUCAUCCUUGGCUGAAGAAUUCCCAGUUUUAAUCAGAAGUUCUCUCAGUAAGAAGGGUGGUUUUUGGAUGAUCAGAUCAGAUUCUGCUGGACUCAAAAAAGUUGCACAGAUUGAAAACAAACUGAAAGAGCAUUUUGCUGCCAAUUCUUUGACUGGUUGUUCAACUACUAUCAAAGAAGGCACAAUCUGUGUUGCUACUAAUGAAAUGAGAACUGAGUUCUGGCGUGUGAGAAUAGUGAAGCUGUGCAAAAGCCUGAUGGUUACUGUGCAUUACCUUGACCAUGGACAGCAGGAGAAUAUCCCAAUCAGAUGUAUCUUUGAUAUCCCACCUGAUAUUAAACAGAUACCUUAUCAGGCCAUGGAGUGUUGCUUGUUUCCCUAUUCUGAGUACAUCUCCCUUCCAUAUGAGGCCAAGUGGUGUUUCAAGGACCUGAUCCAUGGCAAGGAUAUCAAGGCUAAAAUAUGUUCCAAGGUUAUACUUCCUGAAGGUAAUACCUUGUUCCACGUGCAGUUGACUUCAAUAGAGCCUCCACAAGUCAACAUUAAUCAGAAAGUAGCUGACUUAAUGCUUCAACAAGAACUGAUCAAACAGGAGCAAGCCGUUUUCCCAAAAGAGGCUCUCGUCCAACAUCAAACAGAGGAACCUAAACAAGAAGACAAUUCAUUAAAACCACUGGCACAAGCAAAUGUUUCCAUAGCAACAACGGAGUCACAUGGUGUUAAGAAAGCAGACGACGAACAGACUGUCACUUCUGCUUCGCCUUCAGAACACCCAAGGUCUGUCUCUAACGAGCAGAGUUCACCAAAUGUUCUAGCUCCUAUGGUGCCAAACGACGAACAGGAGAAAGAACUUCCAUCGGUGACUAUUUUAACAAAUACCGAUCGGGACGUUCCUGGUGACGUUUCCAGAAAUCCUGUCAGUGACUUACAAGGUCCAAAAGAACAAGCCCGAGAAGUGAAACCAUUAAUGACUAUACCAGAAUACGUACCAAUAGGAUUCCUUAAUGAACAAAUGUAUGACCGGAUCUUCAAGGAAUGUAAGGCUAAUUUCGCCCUUGUCAAGUCUUUAAUCAUCAACGCACGGUUCUUUAUUGUCCAUGUCGAUGACUUCCAGUUAACUGAAGCCAUGAAGACAAAGAAAUGGUGCUGCAUUGACGAUGCACUCUGUAAGAAUAUCAACAAGGUCUACAGGGAUCAAGUAUCCCGUGGAACACGACACCCUCUUUUUUUGGUGUUUUUAUCCAGGAUUUACGUGAUAGGUUUAGUGAGAAUCGUUUCUCCUUGCCAUGCAAGCCCACACUGUACUGUCUUGGGUCGAGGGCUUCUCUGGAGUCAUUGUUGCUAUGGUGAAUUCCGCAUUGAUUUGUACAAUGCUAACAGGCUUUCUACCAAGAUGCUAGAAUCAGAAGCAUAUCUUCGGCAAUUUACGAGAGAAAAUAUCGUUGGUAAGGAAUUGAAGUGGGAGAGAGGAGGUGAAAUCAUUCAAAAGUAUGAAAAGAUAAAAAGAAAGAGUAGUGUUCUUGACGAUGCUUGUAGGAUGUACAGCAAAGAUCCGCGAAAAGAUUUUGUAUCCAGCCAGGAAAAUUUGAGUGAUGGGGAUCAACCAGGAUAUGCGAAARGGCUUUACAACUCGCAAGACAUGGAAACAAAAUUGCUUGACAAGAAUAAUGGUCAAACAAGGAAAGAACGAAGAAGAAGAAGCAUAGAAGGUAGUGAUGAGUUUUUGGCAGGGAGAAGUAAUGACGGGAAGGAGAAAGACUCGGUUGAAAGUGAAAACUGGGAUCUUGAAGCAGAACCUGUCAGAGUCGCCGAAAUCUACUCCAACAUUACCAGCAAUGCUGCAAGCCAAGACACCACAAGUGAAACAACAACAGAAGAAGAAGAACAAAAACCAAUAUUAGACGAGAAGGAAGAUAACGUCGCCUUGCGUCCGAGCGAGUCUAAAGCCCUGAAUGGAUGCUCUGUUGAUAACUCGAGUUCUGCGAACGUUGAAGCAAUUACCAACGAGUCAAAAACGACAGAAGAUGAAACAGUUCUGUCAGUUUCUGCCCUUGAAGACCCCAGGAUGAAACAAGAUGCCAUGAACGUUAGCCCCGAAGUGCAGAUCGAAGAUGUUCCUAAAGCAAGUGAAAACGAAGCUUCUGAAGAUUAUUCCAACUUGAAAUUAGUGAGUGACAGCUCCGUGCCUUUGAAUGCUUCUGAAUGCUCAGAAACAAAUGUUAAUCGGGAAUAUCAGUCAGAACUCGAGACUGAAGUGAUGAAUAACGAUCAGAGAAAUGAAGACGUCGAAGAAAAAGGUUUUCCUGGGAAGGAAGAAUURCCUGAAACUAGUGAAGAUCAAUACGAAGUGACCGGUGAAGUGGUUGCAACUGAAGAUGAACAAGAAAUCAUGAGAUCUGAAGAUCUUGCCGCUAUGGCAACGCGAGAUGUAACAGUAGAAAAUGAUGAAAGGUUAGAGGAUUCAAAGAUGUCACCAACUUUUGAAGAUCUCGACAAACCAAAGGUGGUCGAUUCUGAGAUCGUUAAUGAAAAGUUAGAAUCAUUUCCUAAGCAAGAGGACACUCUAGAAGAAGACCAAACGACUCUAUCACAGCAAGCAGGUGUAGGGAAUGGCGUGAGCACAGAGGUCAAAAAGUUUCCACCUCAAGAAAGAUGCCCAUCAUACCUCCAUCACGGGUUACAACAACCAGAAUGUCAACCAGAGGAAGAUUUUUACGUGGUGAAUCCACCUUCAGAAAGUAGUUUACCAACUAGUUUCACUUCUUCUGCCGCUUCAGAACCAUUGGAUUAUGCCGAAGGAAAGGCGAUGGAAAAAACUAAAGAAUAUACUGCUACAGCAUUAGAAGAUAAUGGUACGUUGAGCGACGUGAAACCAAGAAUAGAACAAGAAGAUGAUAUACGGGAAGGAAUGGCCUCUCCUGAAAGUAUUGAUAGUGAACUUAGUUCAGAUAUUACCCCUACUACCACAUUGUCUUCUGAUUGGUCUACAAAGAGGGCCUCUCCUGAAAACAUAGAUGGGGAACCUAGUUCAGAUAUUAGUCCCUCCAUGCAAAGUCAUUCAGCUACAAACACUACCGAGGAGUCGUAUUCUGAUUGGUUGACAAGAAAUGCUGACGUCGUUUCUGAUGAGAAAGAGUCUUCAGAUAACGAAGAAUCAAUGGGUUUUCUUCCAGUUGAACCAGGGUUUGAGUACAGGGUAAUCUUAAUGUCACGACCGAACGAAGACAACAUAUUCUGCGCAAGAAUCUAUAGGAACGAGGAAGAGGAGAUAGCAUUUAAACAUUUCUGCAAGAGGAUGCACGCUGCGAUAGAGAAACGAAACGAAAAAGUAACCAACGUCUUCGUUAUGAAAAACUGCUGUUUGAAGCUGAAAAAACACGGCGGAUACAGAAGAGUUCUCAUCAAGAAACUGCUUGGGAAAGGAAAGGUGUUGGUACAAAAUAUUGAUAUGGGCUUUGCCGCUGAAGCACCUAUCAAUGACUUGAGGGAGCUUGAUAGUGAGUUCCAAGUCUCCUUCCCUCCACAGUCAUUUGAGUGUCGUAUUGUGCAUGACAUAAGCAAGCAGGACAAAAUGAAGUUUUCUAAACUACUUUCCAUGGCCAGAAACAACAGACGAGGAUAUAACACAGAACUAGAGAUUUUUGUAAAAUCAAUAGCUGGAGAAAUUGCUGAAGUAAAUAUCCUACGAGUUUACGAGAGUUAUUAACUUUGGUUAGAAACUCCUUGAGAAAAGAACCUCUUGCCACAGGAAGCCCAAGCAUGAAAAACCAAGUCGACUCUUACUACAGGAAACCCACGAGAAAUGUUAUCCAUCAGGAUCACUUUUACUACAAGGAACAAUUCCAGAGAGUAACGCUCAACUUUCUAUCAGAUAAGCCAAAGAAUAAUCUACUAUUCAUUUUCUAUAUUUAUAUUUUUUGAAGGUAUUUUAAGAUGAAUUGCUUUGCUAUUCACGCUCCGUUGUCCAAUGGGACUGGCGAUAGAAUACACAUACAUUUAGCUACCGUUUCCGAUUAUUUCCCUUCCUUUCUUCUUCCUUCCGUUCAAGUUUUGGCUCUCUUUCGAAAUAUAAGUGUUUGUGGCCGCGCCGCGUGGGCGAGUUCGUGGGCGGCAAUAUUCCCGUCUCUUGUUGAGAGAACCAGGACAAGAUUCUGCGUGGUUCAUUAAGAAACUAUUAGUUGGCAGCCAAACACUCGUUCUUAUAAUAAUAGCAACAGGAAAAUGAACAAUCUGGUCGUGCUCGUAAACAACACUGGUUGCCUUGUCGAAAACGUGAUCAUCUAUAGCACAUGGUCAAUCAUUAAGCGAGUUUGUUGUGCAAUGAGCUAAGGCCUUGGCUAAACGAGGAAACAUGUUUCCAGAAUCAUGUUUUCUUAAAUGUUUCCAAAGGUGGCAAAACUGUCAGGGAACAGCGGGAAACAUGUUUACUCAAUAUCGGCUAGCGCAUGUGCACUUUCAAGAUAGAGCUAGCAUUGCUAAGUAACGAACUUUUAGAAUGUUGACUUUCGUGGCUAAACGAGGAAACAUUUUUGCGUCUUGGAAGCAAAAUUUGUUGCACGUAGCAAUGUUUCGCAUGUGGCUAAACUUGGAAUCAUCGUUGAACAUGCGCGCGGGAAACACGUUUCUGGAACCUUGUUACCUCGUUUAGCCAGGGCCUUAGUAGUACACACGUUUUAGCCAGUUUUCACCUGCAUCUUUGGUCACGUGUUCGGGCUUAGCAUCCACUUGCUCUUUCAUCAGACCAUAUCUGAUACUAUCAACCAAUUUUGCGACUCCUUCAAAAAUUGUCAAAAGUUUUUUUUGUCAGUCGUGCACUAAGUCCAGUAAGAUCUAGAUAGGAUAAUGGCUUCUAUACUUAUAUCAUUCAUAUCUGUUUUAUGGAAAUCAUCCAGGAACUUGACGCCUAAAGUAGAAGAAAUUCAACCUUGUUUUCAUGAAAAAGUCAAGUCGAAACGUUGUCAGUCCCCCAUUUAUAUUUGUAGCGCUUUUGGUUUCUAAGUCUUCCAUUUAUAGACUAAGUUGAUCUGCAUGUCUUAACUGCAAGAUUAUUUCAAGUUCAGUUAUUGAGGUUGUACAUUAUUUUAUUCGUUUUGUUCGCGUUUGAAUCCAAAUUUCAUAUCCAUUAACCAACGUUCAUAUAAAGAUGAUUAAUAUAUUAAAACAGGAAGUUUUGGACAUAAUCAUGAUAAAGAUAUUUAUAAAUAACGUAUAACAUGUCGUUAAUAAUUAAAUGGUUUUUGUGAUAAACAUCUUGGUUAUUACUCCUUGUGAGAAUAAUUAUCGUUAUUCUCGAAAUUCUCCAUAGAUUUUAGUGUAGCAAUCUCUUUUUUUCGCUCACUUUUCAUCUCAUGUUUUAAUUUUUUGUCCGCUCUCGAUCUGUAAUGCUUAGAUCAACAAGUUAGAAAACGAAACACAAAAUUAUGCGAUUAGGAUAGGGGAACUUUUCUUUUUUCAGGGGUCAUGYGUAAUUAUAUCGAUUUUUAUGCACUAUGAGCAAUAAUUUGUUAUCCAGCAACUUCGUAAGUGCAAAAUACUUUGCCCAAUAAUGUCCAAACUACAUCAUCAACAUGUCUGGGUCAUGCUCGUAUCUCAUUGGUUCAUUGCAACUCCUUUCUGGAGUUGCAAUGACAAACGCGUUGCAUCACUGAGCUGUUUAAGGUGACGAUUUAAUGGCAUUUUAUCGCUUACUGAUAGUGAAAAAAGAUAGGAAACCUUAACCAUCGUGUUAAUUUUCAAAUUUCUUUCGGUUCUUGAUGCAUAUUUAUAAAAUGUCAACUGCUUUUCCUCCCUCGGCAAAAUCAACUUCCAAAUUCCAAUUGGAAUUCAUUGGAUGAAGAGGCACAGUGGAAAUGCCACUGUUAACACCUAUUUAUUAUUCAUGUGAAGUGUUUGGUAGUCAGUAAUAAUUACACUAAAUAUGGAGAAGAGAAGAGCAGCAUUUGUUUUUGAGCAAGCACAUUUUUGUCAUGUUAAAGUCAUUUUCUGCACGACAAGUUGCAUGAUGUCUUCGCAAAUGAUAUACUAAUGACAAGAACUUAUCUUUACGAUUAACCGAAUCUUGUAAUAUUCGCUGAUUAUUUAUUUUUAGACUUCACAGAUAUUCGACCAUUUUGGUUACAUAUUUAAUCGGUAAUCUAAAACGCCCUUUACCACCAUUACACAGUUUUCAUAAACACAGUUAUCAUAAACACAAAUACAACAAAAUGCUUGUAGAAAAUGUUGUUGAAUGACCUUUCGUAUAGUUUUUCACGUACAUGGAUCACUGAUUUAUUUGUUUAUUAUUUUUGCAUCGUCAGUCCUAAACAACUCAACCUCGAAUUUCUUCGAAAAUACAGUCCAAAGUUCUUCUCUACUGCGCAUGCUCGAGCAUGAGCUCACGUGAUUGAGUUAUCUGAGCAUGUGGACUCCUUUCAAACCUCCUGAAAAAGUUCUGUAAUAAUUAAGAAUUUUGAGCUUUAGUCAUAUGCAAAAACAGGAAUUUAGGGAAUUAUGGCAUGUGAAGACACUCAGAAACAGUGUAGGAAGGUUUCUUGGACUUUUGAAUAGUUUUUCUCACAACACUGGACUACUUUCAACUAUUAUUUCACGUGCGUGAUGCGUGCGUUGCGUGACUCAUAUGAUGAAAUCUCAGACCACACAUCUGCUAUAACGGAAAAGCUAACAGACCUUGUGAUUGCCAUAUGAAGGUCAAUGGCGGGCGGUCGGUCAUGUUGGAACAAAUAAUUUCGAGAAUUUCAGUGUAAACAUGGAAYGAUGGAAUCUUCUAGAGCCCACAAAUUAGUCGCCCUCGACUUAGGCAUCUGCGACAGAAGCUCAAAGACACUAUACGAGUUUCUACACCAAUUGAAUGCUAUCAAUUCCAUACAGACGUUCAAUAUGUUAACUGCGGCUUUUAUUAUAAGAAAGAAAAGUAAUAUUYCAGUUUGCAAAUUGAAUUUGUCACUUCAUACACGGACGCAGCUGAGAUUACUUUAUUGGCUAGUUUUGUUUUGAUUUUACAACAUAUUGGUGAUAAAAUAGUAUUUUUUAAUGAAAACUAAAAACAAAAAACUUUAUUUUUAUUACUUGAAGGAUAAGAAUGCACCACCUUGAUUUUUUCGUGCUGAAGGGCGUAAAUGAAAUACACCACCCAUGACUCUAAACCAAUAAUUCAAAAUAAGAGUAAGUGAACUUUUAUGAAUCAGAUUGUAAACAAAACGAUAAUGUUAGGUUUUUGCUAUUUGUAAAUCUGACCGGCCUAUGCAUAUCUGAGCGGCCUGUUAUCCACAGGACGGAAAUCUUGACCCCGCAGAGAGGCAAGGAAAUCAGCUUAUGGGGAGGUCUAAAUAUAUUGGUUUUCCCGCGUAUCGACCAAGGUCAGAAUAUCCAAAACUAGCUCGCAAUGUCUUGCCGGUAAAUUCUCAGAACUGAUAGUGCUGUUGAAACAGGGCCAGCAAUAGGGACUCUUCAACAGGACAAAAAAUUAUUAUCUAUAUGCAAACUGUAGAAAUCUUUGAUUCUAUUUUUUGAUUUUUGUUGGCACAAAGAUUGCUUAGCGGAAAAGUCAAAAGGUAAAGACGUCAUCAAGAGAGUUAUGUUGGCACGAAAACUGAUCGAACCUUGUGAUUUCCGAGAAGAGAUUUAAAGGUUAAAAAAAUUCAUAGAAUGUGAAGUGCAUACUUGAAAAGCCAAAUUUUUUUACAGCAGCUUGUAAAAGGAUGAAUUAGUUUGGAAUUAAUCAGUGACUUAUUUGAUGGAUGGAUGGAUCGUAUAGUGUUUGAUGAGAUAAAAGAAGAGAGGGGGGAAACGAAAAGUAGAAACGACUGAUGACGAAAGAGACACGGAAAAAAAGAAAAAAUGAAUAGAU